UUAGUUUUGUCACAGACCAUCCUUUCCUGACUCCUCCACACCACUGCAUCCCUUUCUUUCAUCAUUUUCGUUCUUCAUAACUUCCAUUUCCAACCCAAAGAAACACACUCUCUCUCUCUUUCCCACAUGGCAGCUUUUUCAUACCAGUACCAUCCUUUUCUGGUUGAUCCUGCAUUCUUCCCCAGCAACAUGAACACCCCUUCUUCUCCUUCUCCUCCCCAGUUUCACCUCCCUCAGGAAUCAUCUUUUAAUCUCACAAACCAGGAGACUAGCUGUGUUGACCAAAGCUCCAAGAUCACCAUCAGUGACAAUGAGCCUUCUGUCACAAAAAACCUUAGCCCUCAGUCCUCUGUGGUGGUGGACAAGCUUGAAACCGGUGAACAGGUCACUCAGAAGGUGAACACUCCGCCGUUGAAGAAAAGAAGAACCAGAAAUGGAUCUUCCUUGACUAGUAACACUCAAUCCAAGGAUACUGCAACAGAAGGAAGAAGCAAGAAACAAAGGAAGAACAAUGGUGGGGUGAAAGAAGAAGACAAGGCAAAAGAAGAGAAGAAGGAGCAGAGAAAAUGUCAUGAAGAGCCCCCAACAGGCUAUAUCCACGUCAGAGCAAGAAGGGGUCAGGCAACGGAUAGCCACAGCCUUGCGGAGAGGGUGAGAAGAGAGAAGAUAAGUGAAAGGAUGAAGGUGCUGCAACGGCUUGUGCCAGGCUGUGAUAAGGUGACUGGAAAGGCCCUUAUGUUGGAUGAAAUAAUCAAUUAUGUUCAGUCUUUACAGAAUCAAGUUGAGUUCUUAUCAAUGAAGCUUGCUUCCGUGAAUCCCAUGUUUUAUGACUUGUCAACGGAUCUAGAUACCCUCUUGGUUAGACCAGAGAAACUAAAUAGCAUGGCAUCACCAUCACCACUACCAUGUGUGUCACAUUGCAACAGCCCCAACCAAGCCACAACUUUUGCUGAUACAACCACCAUGACCCCCACCAACAUCUUUCACAAUGCCACUGACUAUCUUUUGGAUAAUUCAGCUUCAUUUUUUCUUCAAGGCCAGAGGUCAACUAUGUUCUCUGAGGAGGAUACCGGUAGUCAUUUCUGGGACGCAGAGGACCAGCGACAAAAGUUUCUUCAUCCAUAUGGAUUCAGCAACAACUUAUGUUCCUUUCAUUAAUAAAUUUUUUUCCCAAAGCUGCCCUAAAAAAUUACGAAAUUGAUGAUUUAGCUUUUACACUAGGUAAGAAAACCCAAAGAGGAGCGAGAAUGAGCCAAAAGGAAAUUAGACAUUAGGAGAAAAAACCAAAGCUACGCUUGGUAUCGGUAUAAGUACAUCAUUUCAGUCGAAGAAAAGGGUAAUUGGUGGCGUAAAGAGUCUGGCUUGGUUCCUAGUCCAUCAGAUUAAAGUGACCUUUGAAGAUGAAUAAAGGGCACCAAAGUUAAUGGAUGAAGAACCAAAAGGACAGAAAAUACCGACCAAAUAAGACCAUAUCUUUUCUAGAUCCAUUGUUCUGUUCCAGUGAUUUUUGACUCUCCAAGGACUUAUGAUGCACAAAUUCCGAGAGACUAUCAAUCCUAUACACAGAGCAAUGUCAUGUAAAUUAUCAAAGUAUUGAUUCUUGUGGUGGCAGUUAUUCUGUUGGUACAGUUAAUUUCACCAUUAUUGAGAAACGAGGGUUGAUGCUACUGAUUAUGUUCUUGAAAUGACUGGCCAUGCAUUUCUUUCUUGGUCUAGUUAGCUUUUAUGUAUAUGUAUCUGCAGAAUCUUCAUAGUUUUGGCAUCCUUA